AGGUGCCGCGUGCGGAGGGGCGGGCGGCGGGCUCGCGCACGGGCGGGCGUACGCGGGGUGCGCGAGCGCUGCGUCUGGCGCCGGUCGGGGUCUCCGCUCGCGGUGGUCGCGCUCUGGCCGGCGUUUCCCGUUCGUCCCCGUGCGCGACCGCAGUUUCGGCCUUUGGCCCGACCCGCCCGCACCAUGGCUUCGGCUUUGGAGGAGCUGCAGAAAGACCUAGAAGAAGUAAAGACAUUACUGGAAAAGUCUACUAGGAAAAGAGUACGCGAUGCUCUUACAACUGAAAAGUCUAAGAUUGAGACAGAAAUAAAGAACAAGAUGCAACAGAAAUCACAGAAAAAACAAGUUGACAAUGAAAAGCCAGCUGCUGUUGUUGCUCCUAUUACAACUGGAUAUACAGUGAAAAUCAGUAAUUACGGAUGGGAUCAGUCAGAUAAGUUUGUGAAAAUCUACAUUACCUUAACUGGAGUUCACCAGGUUCCCAAUGAAAAUGUGCAGGUGCAUUUCACGGACAGGUCAUUUGAUCUUUUGGUAAAGAAUCUAAACGGGAAGAAUUACUCCAUGAUAGUGAACAAUCUCUUGAAGCCCAUCUCUGUAGAAGGCAGUUCAAGAAAAGUCAAGACGGAUACGGUUCUUAUUUUAUGUAAAAAGAAAGCAGAAAAUGUACGAUGGGAUUACUUGACUCAAGUUGAAAAGGAGUGCAAAGAGAAGGAGAAGCCUUCUUAUGACACCGAAGCAGAUCCCAGUGAGGGAUUAAUGAAUGUCCUAAAGAAAAUUUAUGAAGAUGGAGACGAUGACAUGAAGCGCACCAUUAAUAAAGCCUGGGUGGAAUCAAGAGAGAAGCAAGCCAAAGGAGACCCAGAAUUCUGAGACUUUUAAAUCCUUUUGGAACUGUGUUGAGGGAAUACUAAUAUUUCCAAUAAAGGAAUAUUGGCACCUACAGAUUGGCCAGAUAAUAUUUACACAGCGUUAAAGGCAGUGAAUUCUCCAUUUCUUACUGGAGAAUUUAAAUAAAAUAAGCUUAUUAAACACUU